AUGGAAAAACCCGUAGCCGACGGGCUUGAGGGACUUGAGCUCGAAAAAAAGCAAAGUCAUGCACCAGAUUCCGUCGCGCUCGGGAAGGAAAAGCCGGCUCGCUCUGCUGCAGCGCAGGGAUCCGUGUCUGCGGAGACAAAAAAACGUGUCGAGCGAGAGACGAAAGAAGGAAUAGAUUGCCGCAAGGCAGAUAACUUUAGUGCAUGGUACCAACAAGUGGUGAUCAAAGCGGAGCUCAUUGAGCUCUACGAUAUCUCCGGCUGUUACAUCAUUCGACCAUGGGCGUACGCCGUCUGGGAGAAGAUCGUCGAAUUUUUCGACGCUGAAAUCAAGAAACUUGGCGUCCAGAAUGCGUAUUUCCCUGUCUUUGUUUCCGAACGUCGUUUGCGAACAGAGCAGGAACACCUGGAAGGGUUUGCCGCCGAGGUGGCCUGGGUGACCAAAAGCGGCUCCAGCGAGCUCGAAGAGCCGAUCGCCAUCCGCCCGACGUCGGAAACGAUCAUCUAUCCGGCGAUGGCGAAAUGGAUACGAUCGCACCGGGAUCUACCCUUGAAGCUGAACCAAUGGAGCAAUGUCGUGCGUUGGGAAUUCAAACACCCGACACCCUUCAUUCGUUCACGAGAAUUUCUGUGGCAGGAAGGCCACACCGCCUAUGCCGAUCGAUCAGCAGCUGACGAGGAAGUGCUCCAGAUUCUCGAGCUCUACAGGCGCAUCUACGAGGAGCUGCUUGCGGUUCCCGUGAUCAAAGGCAUCAAAAGUGAGCGGGAGCGGUUCGCUGGCGGCCUGUACACAACCACCGUAGAGGCAUUUGUGCCCGCAAAUGGCCGUGCUGUACAAGGUGCAACGAGUCACUCCCUGGGCCAGAAUUUUGCCCGCAUGUUUGGAGUGUAUUACGAAGGCAAAGACAGCGGAGAGAAGCUCAUGCCUUGGCAAAACUCAUGGGGUUGCACAACACGCACCAUUGGUGUUGCCGUUAUGGUCCACGGAGACGACAGAGGCCUCGUAUUGCCCCCACGCGUGGCACCACUGCAAGUGGUCAUCGUGCCCAUCAUCGUGAAGAACGCCGCAGCAAACGUAUCCCAAGUAUGCGAGGUUCUCUGCCUGCGACUCCAGCGUGCAAACCUGCGGGUGAAAUUCGAUGAUCGCCCCGAGAAGACCCCGGGAUGGAAAUUCAACGAAUGGGAGCUGCGAGGCGUCCCGCUGCGCAUAGAAGUCGGCCCUCGGGAUGUGCAGUCGAAGACGAUCACCAUUGCACGCCGAGAUACCAUGGAGAAGCGAAGUAUCCAGUUGGUAGAUUGGGAUGCGCUUGAAGCAGACGACAGCUUUGGCAGGGAAAUUGCGAAAAUCCUCGACGAUAUCCAAAAGAGCAUGUUCGAAAGGGCUUCUGCUGAGCGAAACGCGCGCAUUCGCUGUGUCGCAAGCUGGGAGCCGUUCAUGAAAGCCAUCAUCGAACGUUGCCUGGCACUGACACCAUGGUGCGCUGAAACCAACUGCGAGGAGCAGGUUCGUCAGAGAAGCAUGCAGGACUCUGUGAGCUAUCGUGAGCGCCUGGCCAACGAAGUCGACCCUGCCGCCGCGGACACUGUCCUCUCUGGUGCAGUGAAAACGCUUUGCAUGCCCUUCGCGUCCGAGCUGGAGCGGCUGCGUCUCGUUGACCGGUCAGAGUACGAGGCGCCAGCGCCUGGCAAACAGUGUUUUGCAUGCGACGCAGCAGCAAAGCGCUGGGCACUCUGGGGUCGUAGCUACUAG